AAUUGUCCAGCUAUCUGAAAUCGACCUUCCUAUGUAUUACCUGUGGAGAGCAGCAAUAGGCUCAGAUGAGUGGAAGCAGCCUGAGAUUUGAGUAGAGGAAGAAGGCGGAGACGUCACAUGGAGGGAUGCAACCAGCAGUAGCUGCUUCACCACUAAUCACACACCAUUAACGCAACUAGCUAGUACAAGCUAACAGAGCAGGCUACACCAUACACCCUUUACCGUACACCCGGAGUUACUCAUCUGACAGACACUAACGCACGAUUCGAAGACGGUGCGCAACGGGAAACAACAUUACGGUCACACACAGUUCUCGUGGCCUCUUCUUGCAUCCAGCUGGCUACAGGGCUAUUGUGGCUAGCUAGCGGAGCUAGCGGAGCUAGCAAUAGCGACCUGUGCCUGGGCUAGCGGCAGGCUAGCAAGCUAGCUAGCUAGCUAGCUAGCUACUAACAGCGCUAGCGGUAGUUAGCUAGCUAGCGAGCUGUAGGAACUGUCGUCAUGGAUGAACUAGUCGUGGAAGUGAGGGGAACAAGUGGGGCCUUUUAUAAGGCCUUUGUGAAGGAUGUUCACGAAGGAUCAGUCACUGUGGCAUUUGAAAACAAUUGGCAGCCAGAGCGUCAAAUCCCGUUCCAGGAUGUGCGUUUUCCUCCUCCAACGGGGUUCUGCAAGGAGAUCAACGAGAGCGAUGAGGUCGAGGUAUAUUCCAGGGCUAAUGACAAGGAGCCAUGUGGAUGGUGGCUGGCCAAGGUUCGCAUGGUCAAAGGAGAGUUUUACGUAAUAGAGUACGCUGCAUGUGACGCCACACUAAAUGAGAUAGUGACGCUGGAGCGGUUACGGCCGGUCAACCCCAAUAAACCAGCCACCAAAACCACCUUCAUCAAGAUCAGACUGGAUGUACCCGAAGAUCUACGGCAGAUGUGCUCCAAGGAAUCAGCUCACAAAGACUUUAAAAAGGCUGUGGGAGCGUUCAAUGUCACCUACGACUCAGAAAAAAAGCAGCUGGUCAUUUUGUCUGUGAAUGAGGUCACAACAAAGCGGGCCAAUAUGAUGAGCGACAUGCACUUCAGGAGCCUCCGCACCAAACUGUCGCUCAUGCUGAGGAACGAAGAGGCCAACAGACAACUGGAGAGUUCCAGACAGCUGGCGUCACGGUUUCAUGAACAGUUUGCGGUUCGGGAUGAUCUCAUGGGUCUAGCCAUCGGGACUCAUGGGGCCAACAUUCAGCAAGCACGUAAAGUCCCUGGAGUCACUAACAUAGACCUGGAUGAGGAGACGUGCACCUUUCACAUAUACGGAGAGGACCAGGAUGCUGUCCGCAUAGCGAGGAGUUUCCUGGAGUUCUCUGAAGAUGUCAUCAAAGUUCCCCGGAACUUAGUAGGGAAGGUGAUUGGCAAAAACGGCAAGCUGAUCCAGGAAGUGGUUGAUAAAUCUGGGGUGGUUCGGGUUCGUAUUGAGCCUGAGAAUGACAAAAAGCCCUCAGCAGCAGCAGUGGCAGCAGCAGACGAGGGAAUGGUGCCAUUUGUGUUUGUAGGGACCAAGGAAAGCAUCUCCAAUGCUACAGUUCUGCUGGACUACCACCUCAACUACCUUAAGGAGGUGGAUCAGCUUCGUCUGGAGCGUCUGCAGAUCGACGAGCAGCUGAGACAGAUAGGAGGGGGAGGCGGAGGAGGAGGGACGGGGCCCCGAAACCUCAAAGACAAAACCUACGUGUUCGAUAACGGCAUGGGGCUGGGGAUGGGGAGAGGAGCGGGAGGAGGAGGAGGGAAGCCCUAUGGAGGAGGGGGAGGAAGAGGUGGCAGAGGGCGAAGAGGAGGAGGUGCGGCUUUCGCCUCAGGCACCAACUCGGAAGCAUCCAACGCCUCCGAGACGGAGUCGGACCACAAAGACGAGCUCAGCGAUUGGUCGCUGGCCCCCACCGAGGAGCUGAUGACAGGAGGCGGGACCCUGCCCAGACGGACAGAUGGGAGAAAGAGAGGAGGCGGAGGAGGGCCGCGGGGACGAGGGGGGAGAGGAAGAGGAGGAGGAGGGUAUAAAGGUGGGCAGGAGUUAUCAUUGGCUGUCAUUGAUCUUUCUGCAGCGAUUCAGGACACAGAGAAGAGAAGAGGUGACGAUAUGCAGUGGAGCGAGCCAAGACCUCGUCAUAUCAGAGACCCCAAGACAAGAGCGCUGGAAGACACUCUACAGAUCCGUGUGGACAGUAACAACGAGCGCAGCGUGCAGCACUCCUCGGGGGGGCGAGGAGGAGGAGGAGGAGGAGGGCCUUCCUCAUCCCAGGGGGGGGGCGUCAGCACCGGCGGCGGCGACGGCCCGUCUCGCCACCACCACCAGAGAACCAUCAGAGACCGAGGGAUGAAGAAGGACAAACAGGACGCUCCUCCGCUGGUGAACGGAGUGUCGUAGAUACGCCACUGGAGGACCUUCUCACUUACACACACACACACACACACACACACACACACACACACACACAGGCAACUCGUCAUAACCCAUCGUAGAAUCUCUCGCUUUUUUCUUUCUCUAUCUUUGUCCCACACGAGAAUACACACAUUUCGUCAGCAUGGAAGAGUUUACCGUCAUGAAGUGGUAGACCAGCUGGGCCGCUCUGUUCAGGUCUGUGAGUGUGCUGGUCUGGUUUGUUCCUGACUGUUCAGGUUUCUCCUAAAAGAAACAGUACUUUUUGGACAAAAGGAAAAGAAGAAGACGGAUUUGAAGCUCAUUUGUUACAGAGGCCCUACCCUAAAGCCAGACACGCUCCCAAACCCAUCAAAGGCAAAUCAUUGUUGGCUUGUUUUUUUUGUUUUUUAAAUCAACUAAAUUGGAUGAUUUUAAUUUGUUUUGCCGCUGCCCUGUUUGGACUUCCUCACACCAGAGAAAAGAAAUCAAGGAUAUAAUUGGUUGACUAGGAAACACAGAAUUAUAGCAACAUGAAAAUAUGUGUUCCUUCCUUCCUGCUUUAAACAUAUUUUUACUUUAUUGUGA